AUGACCAUUGGAGAAGCAGGCCAAAACCCAACCCCAGAUCAUAUCCUGGACUGGAUAGAAGAUUCGUUUCCCUUCCUUCCAUUCUUGGAGGGCGAUGGGUAUCAAUGGUGGGAACAACCCCAAGAUCAGAUUGAUUAUCCUCUCACCUCUCUCAACUCCGCUGUCACUGCCACUAGCUCCACACCCACUAAUCCCACAGUUCUCAAUCAUCCGUCGCCGCUCUAUUCGUCCAAGAAACGAAAAUCCUCCGACAACCCACUACCCAAACCCUCCCUAAAAGUUAAUAAUCCGCGGAAGAAUCAAGGCCGUCGGAUCAGCCAUGCCAACGACGGAGACGCGGCAGUUGAGGAAGUUGCGGCAGCGGCGGUGGCGGCUAAGAAAUUAGCUGGGAACAAGAGAAGUGCUAGCAAGGCGGCAGGGAAUAAUUGCGCUAACGGUAACAACAAGGAAGGGAGGUGGGCUGAGCAGUUGCUGAACCCCUGCGCCUCAGCCAUCACUGACGGCCAUCUGUCCCGCGUGCAACACUUUCUCUACAUUCUCAACGAGCUAAACUCCCCCAGCGGCGACGCGAACCACCACCUCGCCUUUCACGGCCUCCGAGCGCUGACGCUCCAACUAUCCACCACCACCACCUCCUCCUCCUCGGUGGGGCAUACCUUUGCUUCCAAGGAUUCACGGUUCUUCCAGCGAUCACUGCUCAAAUUUUAUGAGGUCAGUCCCUGGUUUGCCUUCCCCAACAACAUUGCAAACCCUUCGAUCCUCCAAAUUCUCGCCGAAGAGCCUGGCCGCUCGCACAAUCUUCAUAUUCUUGAUAUUGGCGUCUCUCAUGGCGUGCAGUGGCCGACCCUGCUUGAGGCCUUGACUCACCGGCCGGGGGGGCCACCGCCGCUUGUACGCAUCACGGUAAUAGCCGCCACCGUCGAAAAUGACCCAAACAAAGAGACCCCAUUUACCAUAGGGCCGCCUGGAGACAACUUCUCCUCUCGGCUUCUCGGUUUCGCCAAGUCCAUGAAUGUCAAUUUGCAGAUCAACCUGCUCGACAAUCAUCUAUUGCAGAGCCUAAAUGCGCAAGUCAUAAAAACAGCCCCUGAUGAAACCUUAAUAGUUUGUGCCCAAUUCAGGCUUCACCACCUGAAUCACAACUCCCCAAAUGAGAGAACAGAGUUCUUGAGAUCACUAAGAAGAAUGGAGCCAAAUGGUGUGAUUCUAAGUGAAAAUAACAUGGAAUGUAGCUGCAACAAUUGUGGGGAUUUUGCGAUCGGGUUCUCUCGGCUAGUGGAGUACUUGUGGAGGUUUUUGGACUCGACGAGCUCUGCUUUCAAGGGGAGAGAGGGAGAGAGUGCGAAGAGGAGACUGAUGGAAGUAGAGGCAGCCAAGGCUUUGACAAACACGGGAGACAUGAAUGAAGGGAAAGAGAAGUGGUGUGAAAGAAUGAGAGGCGUGGGGUUUGUAGGAGAGGUGUUUGGAGAGGAUGCCAUUGAUGGUGCUUGAGCUCUGUUGAGGAAGUACGAUAGUAAUUGGGAGAUGAGAAUGGAAGAGAAGGAUGGUUUUGUGGGACUAUGGUGGAAAGGGCAGCCUGUUUCUUUCUCUUCUUUGUGGAAGUUGGGUGUGAAAACUAUGGACACUUGA